GGCUCAGCUAUCGAUGAUUAUGUUCCGAUCAUCAAACAGUCUUUUACAAUAUACGACAUAGAAAACAUGUGAGUUUUUUUUUGCUAAUAUAUUUAUGUAAUUUUUAUUAAUAACAACGUAAGUCAACGCCGCCAGAACGUAAAAAUCAUCCGCACGAACAACAGGACUUUGUUGGUUAGAAAUAUCAACACUCGUCUUUAAAAAAUGGAUGUGAUUUUUUGCCGGGGCAUGAGAUUUGCAUCUACUUUAGGAUUUACUCCUAUACUAGCGACAAAAAAUUUCUUAGAAACAACGCGUUUUAUACGGUAUACCAAUUCAGGACGUUGGAGAUUUAAACUUUUCGAAAAGCAUCUACAUUAUAGAAAUUUGUCAUGCAAUUAUGUCCCGUUUUUCAAUCAUAUUAAAGCGUACGAAAUACCAUAUAAGCAUAAAUUUACUAAGAAUAUUCUGGUGGCGCGAUAUUAUAACUUGAACGCUAGUAAAAGGAAUAUCCCGAAGAUAGAACCGGCAAAAAAAGUAACAGUAUUUGCGAAAAUGAAGCAAAUGACGAAGGACUAUUGGCAUGUUUUAAUACCAGUUCAUAUAAUUACUUCUAUAGGUUGGAUGGUCUCGUUCUAUUUUAUAAUUAAAAAUGGUGUGGAUAUUACAUACGUUAUGGAACUUAUGCAUUUUAGUAAGAAAUAUGUAGAAGUGGUAAAAAACUCAGAUGUUGGAAAUUGGGCAUUAGCAUAUCUUCUUUAUAAAAUAUUCACACCUCUUAGAUAUACCAUCACUAUAGGAUGUACAACAAUGGCAAUUAGACAACUUAGCAAAUCGGGAAUUGUAAAACCUCUGUCAUUUGGUAAACAAUCACAUAUGACAGCAGAAUCAAGUAAAACAACAAAAGCAGGAUUCAAAACGAUAGAACGAAGUACGGAACCUCCGAAAACAUAGCGAAUAGAUAAGACGAAGCUGUUUGAUCAAUGGAUAAAAAUUUAUAAUCUGAAAACCUGGAUGAUCGGGUGGAUGUAUAUUAAUUCUUGUAAAUGUGUAAACGUUAUGAUGUUACGAUAAAAGAAAAAUCUUGUAUGUAAUAUUAUACAAAAGAUAAUGUAUAACUCCUUUACCUUUAAAUCUUAAAAAUCAACUAAGGCUGGUCAGAUAUAUCUUUCUUUAUUGAACGGAUGUUUUUUUACCUUACAUACCGUGCAUACAUUUAAAUAACAUUGUACUUUUCACCUACAAUACACGCAACUUAUCAUCAGCCUAUGUUAUCUACACGCAGAAAUAUUUAUUAAUCAGAUAUAGAGAAGCUUUUUUUUGGCAGCACAUUUUGUGCGUUGUAGUAUCUUAAAAUUAUUCACCUUUAAUACAUCGAAUAUUCCUAGAUUCAAAUAUUAAGAUUUAUAUAAAUUUCCAACAAUAACAUUAUGAUUGUAUCAUUAAAAUUCCUGAGUAAUAAUCAUAAACGUCAAAGAGUAUUGCAUGAAAUUUUUGAUACUAAUAAUUGAUAUAUGAUGUAUUGUCGUAAUAAAUACUGUUAGCAAACGCGAUACAUCGAAUAUGGUAAUAAUACGGCAUAUUUAUUAUAGACCAUCAUACGAAUCCAAAUUCUUAAUCGUAAAAAAGGAAAAAAACGACCUGACAAUAAAAUUGUGCACAUAUAUACACGAGCUAAAAUAAGGAAUCAUUGCUUAACGACGAUAUAAUUAUUAUGCUAAUAUAUCACAGUUGCCUGCGCAACUCGUUCAUCCUAACGAGAUUACUGCAUUGUCGCAGUACCUUAGACAAAAUAAAUAAGAGCACAUAUAUUAAAUAUACCGUUAACUUAUAUUAAUAGCUGUCAAUAGAAAAUUAUUUCUUGUAGAUCGCAAGGAUAUACACGUAUAUUGUUAAAAAAGAUCAAACAUCGACCUGAUUAUAAAAUCUAAAUGAUCCCAAGAGGCAGUGUAUGUAUGAAGGCGUUUUAAGCUUAUAGAUAUCAUCUGCAGUCAAUAUACAUGCAUUGUUCUUGUACAUACUAUAUUAAUUAUUGUAUCUACAUAUAUAUUCAACAAGACUCUUUCUAUUGUUUUCAGAUAUAUAUUCUCAAAUAUAUAUUCUCGAUAUAGAUUGCAGCAUCUGCAGACAAUGUCUGUAAGUAUCUACUCGCCUUAAAUAUUUCAAUUCUGUAUCCAGUCUUGCUAGGUUAUGUCAAUAUCUCAAGUUAUAGAGGAACAAUAAAGCUAUAUUAUUUUCGUAGAUAUAGAUUAAUCAUAUUGCAUAAAUAUCAA